AGCGCUUCAAUCAUGUCUACAGUUGUUUAAGCUCAAACUUUCGACGUCGUCGGCUGAUAUAAAAAAAACCUCCACCGUCUUCUCCAAAUCAUCCUAUAGUUUCGAUCGCCAUCGUUUCACAGUCGUUUACACGUGUAGUAGGGACUGCGUGAAUAUCCUUUAGGCUCGGAUCCUGCCCGAGGCCAUCGGCCGAACAGCGACUGCGGAGAUGAACAGGAUUCCCGUUUGCGAGGUGAUCGACCAGCGUCCGUUGGCCGACGACGAGUCGCCGCCGCCGUCUUCCGUAUUCCGGCCGCUGACCGGCGACGAGUGUUCCGUGACGCUAACGGACGUACGGCUGCAGACGCCGUCGGCCGACAGCGGCCUGUCCGCGUGGUUCCGCGGUGACGGCGUGGACAGCGAUCUGGCGUUUGUGCUCGGCGAAGCGGACUGCACGGUGGACAGGGGCCUGGAGGCGGUGGUGGCCGGCAUGCGGCCGGGCGAGCUCCGGGAGUUUUGCGUGGGCGACGGGCGCGGCGGUCGCGUCACCGGCCGCGUCCGGCUGACGGCCGUGCGGAAGGGAACCGGCGGCGCGAGCUGGCGCGGCGACGACAGGCUGAAACUGGCCGAAGCGGCCCGGCAGAAGGACGCGGGCAACCGGCUGUACGGACAGGGCCGGUUCGCGGACGCGUUCCACCGGUUCAACCGGGCGGCCAGGGCCGUGCUGUUCGUCCGGGACGUGGACGCCGCGCGCCCCGACUGGGACGCCAUGUACGUGGCCGUGUGCAACAACAUGGCCGCCUGCCAGCUGCAGCUGGGCAACUACGAACACGCCCGCCAGCUGUCCGGCAAGGCGCUGUCCGUGGACCCGAGCAACGUCAAGGCCCUGGUGCGCCGGUGCCGGGCGUCCGCCGAGCUCCGCAUGUUCGACGGCGCCCUGGUCGACGCGGUUCGCGCGCUGGACAUCGACCCCGGCAACGCGGUGGCCGAGCGGUACCGGGACGUGGCCGCGCGCGGCGUGGACGCCCAGAACGCCCGUUACGGCGACAUGGUUAAGAGGAUGUUCGCCUGAGGCGGGCGCCGUUACCGGUCGCGCGCACGACAAUAAUAUCGUUGUGACGGCGAUAACGCCGCGCACGACUGUAAUAAUAUAAUAAUUAUAGUAAUAAUAAUAAUAAUAAUAAUAAUAAUGUAUUGUACGACGUGCGAUUGACAAACGUGCUGUGUGCACAUAAUAAUAAACGUAACGUUGCCCGUACGACGCAC